AUGUCGCAGUCCACCGCCACCGACGAGGGGGCCACGUUCCAGCACCUCUGGAGCUCUCUGGAGCCGGACAGCACCUACUUCGACCUUCCCCAGUCGGGCCAGGGGAAUGAUGAGGUGGUGGGCGGUGCGGAGGCCAGCAUGGAUGUCUUCCACCUGCAGGGCAUGACCACUUCUGUCAUGUCCCAGUUCCAUUUGCUGAGCAGCACCAUGGACCAGAUGAGCAGCCGCGCGGCCCCGGGCAGCCCCUACGCCCCGGAGCACGCCGCUAGCGCUAACGUGCCCACCCACUCGCCCUACGCGCAGCCCAGCUCCACCUUCGACACCAUGUCGCCCGCGCCUGUCAUCCCCUCCAACAUCGACUACCCCGGCCCGCACCACUUCGAGGUGACCUUCCAGCAGUCGAGCACAGCCAAGUCGGCCACCUGGACGUAUUCUCCUCUGCUAAAGAAGCUUUACUGCCAAAUCGCCAAGACGUGCCCCAUCCAGAUCAAGGUGUCCACCCCGCCGCCUCCGGGCACUGUCAUCCGCGCCAUGCCCAUCUACAAGAAGGCGGAGCACGUGACCGAGGUCGUGAAGCGCUGCCCCAACCACGAGCUCGGGCGGGACUUCAACGAAGGACAGUCUGCCCCCGCCAGCCACCUCAUCCGCGUGGAGGGCAACAACCUUUCGCAGUACGUGGACGACCCCGUCACCGGCAGGCAGAGCGUCAUGGUGCCCUACGAGCCCCCGCAGGUGGGGACAGAGUUCACCACCAUCCUGUACAACUUCAUGUGCAACAGCAGCUGUGUCGGGGGCAUGAACCGGCGGCCCAUCCUCAUCAUCAUUACCCUGGAGACGCGGGACGGACAAGUGCUGGGCCGCCGGUCCUUCGAGGGCCGCAUCUGUGCCUGUCCUGGCCGAGACCGCAAGGCGGAUGAAGACCACUUCCGCGAACAGCAGGCCCUGAACGAGAGCGCUGCCAGGAGCGGGGCUGCCAGCAAGCGCGCCUUCAAGCAGAGCCCCCCUGCUCUCCCUGCCCUGAGCACCAACGGGAAGAAGAAGCGGCACGGGGAUGAGGAAACCUACUACAUCCACGUGCGGGGCCGGGAGAACUUUGAAAUCCUGAUGAAGGUCAAGGAGAGCCUGGAGUUGAUGGAGCUGGUGCCCCAGCAGCUGGUCGAGUCCUACCGGCAGCAGCAGCAGCUCCUGCAGAGGCCACCCCAGCUGUCCCUUCCAAGCAGGGGCCACCUGCAGCCUCCGUCCUACGGGCCUGUCCUCUCGCCCGUGAGCAAAGCGCACGGGGCUAUCAACAAGCUGCCCUCCGUCAACCAGCUGGUGGGCCAGCCUCCCCUGCACGGCUCGGCGGCCGCGCCCAGCCUGGGGCCCAUGGGCCCCGGGAUACUCAACAACCACGGCCACGCCCUGCCAGCCAACGGUGAGAUAAACGGCGGCCCCAGCUCCCAGUCCAUGGUCUCGGGGUCCCACUGUACCCCGCCACCCCCCUACCACGCCGACCCCAGCCUGGUCAGUUUUUUAACAGGCUUGGGGUGUCCCAACUGCAUCGAGUAUUUCACCUCCCAGGGGUUACAGAACAUUUACCACCUGCAGAACCUAACGAUAGAGGACCUGGGGGCCCUGAAGAUCCCGGACCAGCACCGAAUGACCAUCUGGAGGGGCCUCCAGGACCUGAAGCAGAGCCACGACUAUGGCGCGCAGCAGCUGAUCCGCUCCAGCAGCAACGCGGCCACCAUCGCCAUCGGGGGCUCAGGGGAGCUGCAGCGGCAGCGGGUCAUGGAGGCCGUGCACUUCCGCGUGCGCCACACCAUCACCAUCCCCAACCGCGGGGGCCCGGCUGGGGGUGCGGGGCCCGACGAGUGGGCCGACUUCGGCUUCGACCUCCCGGACUGCAAGUCCCGCAAACAGUCCAUCAAAGAGGAGUUCACGGAGAGCGAGGCCAACUGA